AUGACAGCUGAGACAUCCCGGCCAAGCCCGUUUCUGCGUGCAGGAAAUUGGUCACGAUUCUUUCACAGUUGGGUAUCUGAAUUAUUAACAUUGAGCCGUAAAAAAGGAACAAUUGAACUUGAUGAUCUGUAUGAUGUGCCUUCGAAUCUUGAAUCCACGAAACUUACUGAUAGACUCGAAGCGAAUUGGUUCGAUGAAAUCAAACGAUGUCCAGAAAAUCCAAGUCUAAUUCGAGCAACGAUACGGACAAUGGGAUGGAAACCAUGGCUCGUUGGUCUUCUUCUGAUCCCUAAUUCGUUAUUAGGUAUUGCACAACCGUUAGUACUUAUUAUGCUGAUGAACUUCUUCGAACCGUGCUCUACUAUGAAUGUGUGGAUUGCCUGGGGUUUGGCAAUAACUACUGUAUUAAUUGCACUCACUUCAAGUCUUGUUAUUCACCAAAAUAUUCAUCGAACGGUCUGUCAUGCAACGAAAAUGCGUAUUGCUUACAGUGGUUUGAUCUAUCGAAAAGUGUUGCGAUUAUCAAGUAACGCAAUGACUAAAAUUAGUUCAGGGAAAAUCGUUAAUCUACUAUCGAAUGACAGUAGUCAGAUUGAAUAUGCUCUGUAUUUUAUCAAUUAUAUUUGGAAAGCUCCAUUGGAAAUUGUAUUUGCCAUCAUAUUUUUCUGGAGAUUUCUUAAGUAUUUUAUAUUUUUUGGUAUUGGCUAUGCGAUAUUCGCGUUAAUCAUUCAAACAAUUUGCAAUCGGUUGAUUUUGCGUUUCCGAACGAAGAUCUUGCAAAUUACCGAUGAACGAGUCAAGAUCAUGUCGGAAAUUAUCCGAUCAAUGCGUAUUGUUAAAAUGUACUGCUGGGAAUCGGCAUUCAGCAAGAUAGUUAGCUCAAUACGAAAACGUGAAAUUGUUCAAUGUGCUUUUCGUCUACUGGUGGAUUGUGUCCAAACAUUAUUAGCACAUACUUAUCCGAAUAUAACAUUCCUACUGAUGUUUACAACCAUGUGGUCGUUAGAUAUGCGAUUUGAUAUGAAGUUCUUCGCCAUUUCUAUGUGUAUGUUAGCUCAUUUACGUGUCAAUCUUGUCCAUCAGUUCACCCUUGGUGUGAAAAAUCUCGUUCAUUACAUUGCAGCGCAAAAGCGUAUUCAGGCAUUUCUUUUACUUAGCGAAUCUGAGCGCGACGAUCGAUUGUUAUCAAUAUCUCGUUUGAAUCUGGUGUCCAAGCAGAACGGUAUUAGUCAAAGGAAAGAGAGCGCACCAGGAAUUAUAUGCAAAAUCAAUCAAGCUUUAUGGGAAAAGGAUGCAACGUUCUCACUGAAAAAUAUCAUCUUUGAUGCACAUCCAGGCGAUCUAAUUUGUAUUAUUGGACCGGUUGGUUCUGGAAAAAGUUCUUUACUACAAGCUCUUUCAGGAGAGAUAACUCACUUCGAAGGCAAAGUUCGCCUAUAUGGAACAUUCUGUUAUGUACCACAGGAAUCUUGGAUAUUUUCAUCAUCGAUUAAGAAUAAUAUUCUGUUUGGUAAAGAAUAUGACCAUAAAUUAUUUCAACGUGUUAUUCACGCAUCGGCAUUAGAUACUGAUUUGACGCAAUGGUCACAUGGUAUAGACACACUUGUCGGUGAUCAAGGUCUGAUGUUAUCUGGAGGUCAAAAAGCUCGAGUGAAUAUGGCACGGGCAUUGUAUCGUGAUGCGGAUAUUUAUCUACUAGAUGAUCCACUUUCGGCUGUUGAUGUUAAAGUAUCUAAACAUCUAUUCGAAAAAACCAUCAAAAAAUAUCUGCGAGACAAAGUUUGUGUUCUUGCAACGCAUCAGAUUCAAUUCUUACAAGAUGCAACUAAGAUUGUUGUUCUGAAUAACGGUGAAAUGACAGAUAUAGGAACAUAUGACGAGUUGAGUAGUUCGUCUCUAUCAUUUGCUAGUCUGUUACACGAUAUUCAUCAACAUGAACUCAAAGAACAACAAUCAGUUGAAUUUCAACACCAACGAUCGAUUUUCGAUUCCAGUGUCUCUGAAAGCGAAACUCCAGUCGUAGAAAAUUCCUCGCUACCAACAAAUAUCGAAAAAAAAGAGGAGGGUAUCGUUAAUUGGCAUGUUUAUACGUCCUAUUUACGAGCUGGUAUUGGUCUUUUCGUUGGUCUUAUCUUGAUGACAGGCAUCUUCUCCGUUCGUGAGUUUAUCGCCAUUUUUAGCGAUCGUUGGUUAGCGACUUGGACUAGCGAUGAAACACAUCGAUAUCGUAAUUCAACGUAUUGUACGAAUACUUCUCAGAGUGCAAUAAUGGCUAUGAAUGAGACUGACUGGAAUUAUCAUCGAAAUCAUCGGUAUUAUAUCUAUUGCGGUUCGGUGGUGUCACUGUUUGUUGUUACGUUAAUACGUGUCGUCAUAACUGAAUUUAUCUUUUUAAAUGCUGGACGUGUUCUUCAUAAUAAAAUGUUUCGCCGGUUUGUACGCGCUCCAAUGUUAUUCUUUGACAUAAAUCCUAUUGGUCGGAUGACAAAUCGUUUUACGAAGGAUGUUGCAGUUAUGGACGAUAGUUUACCCAUCAGUCUAUUCGAACUAUUUCAAUGUUUGUUCAGAAUACUCGGUACCAUUGUACUUGUUAGUUGGAUCAAUCCAUGGUCAUUUAUUCCAGCAAUUGUUGCUGUUUGUGGCAUGAUCUACAUUCGUUAUCGCUUUGCGCAAUGCCUGCGCGAUUUAAAACGUAUCGAAGGUGUUUCACGCAGUCCAGUGUAUUCAUAUUUAUCAUCAACCAUUCAAGGUAUACAAGUUAUUCGUUCGUAUCAUGCGGAACAGAUGUGUUCUCGAGAAUUUCUAUCACAUUUAAAUAAUAAUUCACGCGUUCAUGGUCUGAUCUCCAUUGUAAAUCGUUGGGCGGCUAUACGUUUCGAUUGGAUAACAACAAUGUACAUUGCUCUAGUGACAUUUUCUGCAAUGGUCGUACACAUCGUUCAAAACCAACUGUCUGCAGCUGAUAUUGCUCUCACUCUCUCGUACAGUCUCAAUAUCAUGGGUAUUCUACAAUGGAGUAUAAGAUUGUCGGUUGAUGUUGAAACACAAAUGACGGCUGUCGAACGAGUACUUGAAUACUGCGAACUCGAUCAAGAACCGCCUGCUCAAGUUCCUGUGGAUCGUCGUCCGCCAUCGAAUUGGCCUUCGGAAGGUCGAAUCGUUUUCGACAAUGUUUCGAUGUGUUACUCUAACGAUGAAAACUCGCCUCUUGCACUUCGUCAUAUCUCUAUGACGAUUCAAAGUGGAGAGAAAAUUGGUAUCGUUGGUAGAACAGGUGCUGGGAAAAGUUCUCUCAUUCAAACACUUUUUCGUAUGGGAACGCUGACUGAAGGGCAGAUCAAAAUUGACAAUAUUGAUAUCUCAUCUGUGGGAUUAGAUGAUGUUCGAAGUCGAAUUUCCGUCAUUCCGCAAGAGCCUGUUCUUUUCACGGGCACGCUGAGAAAUAAUCUCGAUCCAUUCGAUGAAUACUCCGAUUCGGCUAUCUGGCACGCACUCGAACAGGUCUUUGUCCAGUUUGCGUUUGUUUCAGACAUAAAAAUGGUGCCUUCUGCUUGUUUUAAGGUUCAACUGAAAAGCCUGGUCACAGAGGAAAUGACAGAUGGACUAAAUUCGCUAGUGGCUGAAAGCGGUUCAAAUUUGAGUGUUGGCCAAAAACAACUCGUUUGUCUCGCACGAGCUAUCUUAAAAAAGAGUAAAAUUCUUGUCAUCGACGAAGCAACUGCUAAUGUUGAUAAUGCAACGGACGGACUGAUUCAACAAGCAAUUCGUGAGCAAUUUCGCGAUUGUACUGUUCUGACAGUCGCACAUCGUCUACGAACAGUGAUCGAUAGCGACCGUAUUCUAGUUCUUAGAAACGGAGAAGUGCUUGAAUUCGAUGUGCCGAGUGUUUUACUUGCGAGACCAACUUCAGAAUUCUCUCUCCUAGUACAACAAACAGGCUCUAUCGAAGCUGAGCAUCUUCGUUCAUUGGCCAAAGCGGCUUUUGACUCUCCCAAAUCAAAGUCAAAUGGCAUCGAUCUCAGCGAAGAGCCACCAGAAUCCAACAAUGAAAACGAUCCCCUUCUUUCAUCUCAUACGAUCAUGACAAAUGUAUGA